AGGGACGGAAUUUGAGGUUUCUUGUCUCAUCCUCACAGACUUCACAGAGAGACUCUAUGGGUAUAAAAGAGAGACAGAAUGAGCAAGGAGAAACAGAGCUAGAGUAAAACACAAAAAUAGAGAGAGAAGAUUUGGCAGUUGCAGAAUCAGGAGUAGUGAGUGGUUGUUUCUCUAGCUUCUUGUACUCCAAUCGGAUUGAUAUAUGAAAUAGAUGCAUACUUAAUGGAUUAAAUGAAUGUACACUUUAUAGAUUAAAUGGGUUUAUACAUUAUUUUAAAUGUACUUUUUAAAUAUGGAUUAAAUGGAUUCAUGUAGUUGUGAUUCACUAAGGGAAAUCCAGUCAGGACCAGUGUUAAGGUAGGACACAUCUCUACAAGCAGCAUCUCUAUCAAUCGACAGAUUAUUCAGAUUAGUCUCCCACAGAAUAGCAUCAGAUCUACAAGACGAUUCUGAGGAGGGAUAAACUGAAUUGAAAAGAGGAGUCUUUCCGGUCAGUGAGAAAGCAAGCCAGAGAGAGAUGGGUGUCUCCCUGCUUGGAUAUGUGUCCCUGACCCUGCUGAUGACCCUCAGACUGGACCACCUGCUGGAAGCAUGCAGCUGCAACCCAACACACCCUCAGCAGCAAUUCUGCAGCGCAGAGAUAGUAAUCAGAGCAAAGAUCUCUGGGGAGAAGGUUGUGUCUCCGAGCAACAGUUCUUCUCCCUAUCUGAAGAUGAUUCAAUAUGAGAUCAAAAUGAUUAAGAUGUUUAAGGGCUUUGAGAAAGCAAAAGACAUCCAGUACCUGUACACACCUGUGUUCUCCUCUCUGUGUGGGGUCAAACUGGACUCAAACAACAAGGUCCAAUACCUGUUGUCAGGCAGUAUAUGGAGUGAUGGGAAGUUGUCCAUUGGACUGUGCGAUCUGGUAGAAUCCUGGGACAAUCUUUCCAUGUCACAAAAAAAGAACCUUAACUACCGAUACCAGAUGGGUUGCAACUGCAAGAUUGCUACCUGCUACACAGUGCCAUGUGCCCGCACUUCAGACAACGAGUGUCUGUGGACCGAUUGGUUGCUGGAUAACAGUCUGAGUGGAGAGCAGGCCAGAAAGUAUGCCUGCAUCAAACGCUCAGACUCAUCCUGCAGCUGGUACCGGGGUGGCCCACCACCAGAGAAAGAUUUCAUAGCCAUGUCUGACCCCUGAGAGGGGUAGCUUUGGGAAAUGCAGAAAUAGUCAGAAGUUGUUCUAGUAUAUAUUCCAAUAUCCUGCCUCAAAAUUUGUUUUAUUCAAAUAUUACAGAGUUUCUGAUUUUCAGACAGCGCACCAGACUCAAAAUAUUUGUUAAAAUGUUUCAUGACUUCCAGAGGCUGCCUCUAUUCUCUCUCUUUGACUGAAGUGUGAGGUAUGUUCUGUAACUGUGAAUAUACAAAUAAGUUCACAAGAGACCGGAUCAGAGAUGUUAUUGCUAGAUUGCUAGAAUGGGAAAUGUCCUAAGAGAUCCUACUACAUUACUAGGGCUAUGUCCUAACAGACAGUACCAUAGAGAUCAUACUAUGUUACUAGAAGAGCUAUGUCCAAUGGGAGGCCGGAUAUUCACAUACCAACCAGCAGCAGAAGAGAGACAGACAUAUAUCCUGGUCUCUGUUCGUUGUCUCUCUAAUCUUCUAAAAACAUUUGAAACAUCCCAUACAUCAAAAGAACACUAGCCUGGCAUCCUUGUUUUUCCAAUACAUCUAAGUUAUUGGAAAUCCUGCACAUAGCUAAUGUUUUCCUGUGGACUCAGUACCUUCAGCUUGUAGUACAAAUGUAUGAAAUCAUG